AUGAAAAGCAUUAAAUUGGUUUCAGAGAAGUUUGAUGGAUCUGAGUAUAAUGAUUGGAAGCGUUCAAUGCUAAUCAGUUUGUCGGCAAAGAACAAAGUAGGAUUUGUUGAUGGUUCAAUCAGCAGACCUGGUCAGACUUCAGGGUUUACAAGGCCUGGAAUAGAUCAGAAUUUGGCUAAAAGUGUGUUGUAUUUCAACACAACAAGAGAAAUAUGGGUGAGUCUUGAAGAAAGAUUUGGUGCUUCUUCUGGUACAGUUCUUUAUGCUCUACAACAAUCUAGGGAUCAUAUUGAGCAAGAUCCUCUUCCUACAUGUUCUUGUGCUAAUUGUACAUGUUCAAUCACACAAAAACUCUUGAAACCUCAGCAGGAUAGUAGGUUAAUUGUGUUCUCGAUGAAGUUGAAUGGUGGAUAUAAGGUUAUGAGGGGAAGUUUGUUAUUGCAGCAGCCAUUACCUACUAUUGAAGAAAAACAUAAGCAGUUGAACAAAAGCAGUUUAGACUCAGAGUUUAUGGCAUUUGCUGUCAAUAAAAGAAGUUAUAAUAAGAUUUACAAUAACUUUGAAAAGAACAUACAACAGAAUUUUAAUGGGAAUUUUGGUAAUAAAAGGCAGAAUUCUUAUAACCACCCGAACAGGAAAAGCCAAUUACUAUUGUGA